UCUGCCCCAUGCCUGCUGCAUGACCGUAGGAUGUGCAGGUGGUUUGGCCCAGGAAUGUAUUUCUUUGUACCCAAAGUCUACAGUCACAAUUUAUGACCUACCUAAAGUAGUGCAAGUGGCGAAGGAGCGUUUUGUACCCCCAGAAGAACGUCGGAUCACUUUCCAUGAAGGAGAUUUUUUUAAAGAUCCAAUUCCAGAAGCUGACCUGUACAUUUUGGCUAGGAUCCUGCAUGCCUGGGCAGAUGACAAGUGUAUGCAGCUACUAACAAAAAUCUACAAGGCUUGCAAGCCUGGGGGCGGAGUGCUGUUGGUUGAAACAUUUUUGAAUGAAGACAAAACUGGGCCUUUAGAAGCCCAGCUCUUCUCUCUGAUGGUGUUGGUUCAGGCUGAAGGAAAAGAACGAACGCCAACCGAGCACAGCAAGCUCCUCGCUGCAGCUGGUUUCAGAGAGAUUCAAGUCAAGAAAACAGGAAAGCUCUAUGAUGCUAUUUUAGGAAGAAAAUAAUUCUGUCUCUUCUUUCUUGCCUGUUGUUAGAUGUGUAAAUGCAGUGACGUGACCAGCUUUUACUAGACCGCAGCAAUGAACCCAGCUCAUAGUUAACCAUGUCACUUUCUUUGUACAACAAUACACUGCUAGAACA